AUGCUCUGGUCUCUGGCUCUCGCUAUUCUUGCAGUAGGGUUGUACCUCUCGCUCGGGCUCAAGGGUCAAUGGCCCGAUGGACCUCGAGGCAUCCCGCUCAUAGGAGUCUUGCCGGACAAGAAAUUGACUCUCAACCAACAACUCACCAAGCUCGUCCCUCGUUAUGGGGACUUCUUCUCCUUCAACAUGGGCCGCUCCAAGGUGCUGGUCCUCAGCAGCCCGACCGCUAUCGAGGACCUGAUCGUCAAGCGAGGACAGAAAUAUUCGUCGCGACCGUCUCCGUCCCCCCAGGCAAAGAUCAUUGCUUCGGCAAGGAUGGUGCAAUUAGAAUACGGUGACGAGUUCAGAAAACAUCGAAAACUAAUCCAUCGCCUACUGGGGAUGCAGAACGCAAAGAUCUUCCAGCCCUACCAGGAAUACGAGAGUCGACAGACGCUGAAGAACAUCUUGGAACAUGCCGACGCUUUCUACACAGAGGUCGGGCGAUAUUCGGCCAGCGUCACUUUUAGUCUCCUGCUUGGAGCCCGUUUCACCAGGAGCGACACCCGGAUCCCAGAAACUAUCCGCUACGUCGCCCUCGACAUGUUUCAGAAAAUCCGUCCGGGGUACUGGUUGGCCGACUGGAUCCCGGUGCUGAAUUACCUUCCCGACAGCCUCGCGCCGUGGCGGGCAAAAGCACGCAGGACCUUUGACAACCUCAUUGCAUUCUGGGGCAUCUUCUACGACUCGAUCGUGGAGCGGAUGAAGAAGGGCGACGCGCCCGACUGUUUCCUCACUCGGUUCCUGGAGAGCCCCGAGAUUGACAGUUUCUCCGAGGUCGACAAGCGCACGAUCCUCUCGGAGCUGCUGGGCGCGGGCUCCGAAACCACGGCGACUACGCUGCAAUGGUUCUUCAAGGCCGCGGUGCUAUAUCCCGACUUUGUCAAGACGGCCCAGGAGGAGCUGGACCGCGUGGUCGGGCAUGACCGACUGCCGCAGUGGGAGGACCGCAGCGAACUCCCCUACAUCAGCGCCGUCGUGGAAGAAAUCCACCGGUGGGCCUCUGUGGCGCCUCUGGCCUUCUACCGCGCCACCAGCGAGCCCGACAACUAUCGAGGCAAGACGAUCCCGGCGAAAACGACCGUCAUCUACAACGUGUAUGCCAUCCACCACAGCAGCGAGUACUACCGCGACCACGACAUGUUUCUACCCGAGCGAUUCUUGCCGGACAGUGACCCCCGAUACCUCCCUCGAUGUGCACACGCUCCCAUGCAUUAUGCGUUCGGCGUAGGGAGGAGAGAAUGUCCCGGAAGACAUGUCGCCGACGCGUCUCUGUUCAUCGUCAUCAGUCGGCUCUUAUGGGCGUUUGACAUCAACCAGGGUAACCACCCGCGUCCCAGCGACGAAGUCGCCGGGAGUAACCCGCUCUUCAGACCCGUCGCGUUUACGUGCGACAUUACUCCGAGGGAUGAGAAGAUUGCAGACAAGAUCCGUGCCGAAGCUGCAGUUCAGGACCCUGCGCUACGGGUCGAGGAUGCCGCACAGUACGAGGAGAGGGUGAUGAAGUUUGUGAGAGAGCAAAAGCUUGGGGCGUGA